CUGAGGCUCACACUGGAGGUUUGAGGCUGAGCGGGGAAGAGCAGAGGGGUCAGAGGUCAUUUCCAGCCACCGCAGCAGUAGCAGCAGCAGCAGUAGCGUCAUGGCAGAGUCAGUUAUACCAGAGAUGCCUCCAGCCAUGUACCUGGAGAAGCCCAGCGUCGACUUCAGCUAUGUGGGCAUCGAUGCCAUCCUGGAGCAGAUGAGGAGGAAGGCCAUGAAACAGGGCUUUGAGCUCAACAUCAUGGUAGUGGGUCAGAGUGGUUUGGGGAAGUCCACACUGAUGAACACACUCUUCAAGUCUAAGGUGAGCCGUAAGUCUUUCCAGGGCACGGCUGAGGAAAAGAUUCCCAAAACCAUCGAGAUCAAGUCCAUCAGUCAUGAUAUCGAGGAGAAAGGAGUUCGAAUGAAGCUGACGGUCAUAGACACACCAGGGUUUGGUGACCAGAUCAACAACGAGAAUUGUUGGCAGCCCAUAAUGAAGUUCAUCAAUGACCAGUAUGAGCAGUACUUGCAGGAAGAGAUCAAUAUUGACAGGAAGAAGAGGAUCCCAGACUCACGAGUGCACUGCUGCAUAUACUUCAUACCACCCACAGGACACUGUCUUAGGCCUUUGGAUGUGGAGUUCAUGAGACGUCUUAGUAAGGUGGUGAACAUCGUUCCUGUCAUCGCUAAGGCUGACACCCUGACUCUGGAGGAGAGGGACUUCUUCAAAAAGAAGAUCAGGCAAGAGCUUCGAGCCAAUGGGAUUGACGUCUAUCCACAGAAAGAGUUUGAUGAGGAUGCGGAGGACAGAACGAUCAAUGAGAAAAUAAGAGAAAUGAUUCCUUUUGCAGUAGUAGGAAGCGACCAGGAGUAUCAGGUCAAUGGGAGAAGGCUAUUGGGAAGGAAAACAAAAUGGGGAACCAUUGAAGAACCCACAUGCAGAACAUUAAAGACAUCACCAGCAGCAUCCACUACGAGAUGUACCGUGUCCGUCGGCUCAAUGAGAAUAACACCCAGGCCAACGGCCUCGGAGAGCACCAUCCGGUCUGCCGUGAAAUCUAACACCCCUCCAGCGCUCUACCCCCCCAUUCCUCACUCCUCUCUAAUCCCCAAACCUCCAUUCACCUUAUGCUCUGUCCCGCCCCCUUCCAUCAGCCAUGAACUGAGGUGAAGCGGUCCAUCUAGAGAAGCACAUAAUGACUUUACCUCCCAGAAACUCCAGCACAGUGCCCUCAAAUCCUCACGCCCACUGCAUGGGCACUGGAGGGCCGAAGAGGUCAAAAAUACAACUGUUAAAGAGCUUCUCCACAUACUGCAUGCGUUUGACUCACUCUGCUGAUGCUUCAGGUCUGUGUCUGUCUGCAGAGGUUGAUUAUGAGGCCGGUUCUGAUUGGUCAAGCUGUGGGAAAAGCUCUUCACAUGCAUCACUCCUCCUUUUGAUAUUGGAAUGAUUUUACAGGAGAUUGCUCAGAAUUCUCCUUUUUAUGUGAUUUGUUGAAUGCUCUCUUAAUAUUUAUGCUUAAUUUUGAGAGAGCCAGAUAAGAGACAAGGCUAAGUCAUCUUUUGAAACCAGAGCUGAUGUGACGGCACCUUAAAAUUUCCAUUCUGCAUUAUAAAACUACAGGUUAUCUGAUGUCUUUCCCUGCUAAAUGAAUACUAGUUGCCUACGGCAUUGUGGAGAACCUUGGUGUGCCACUGCUAUUUGUUUGAUCACAUCCGUGCAAAUAAUUACAGGAAAACUGACUCAUUGGACCCCCGCUACCAUAUAAAAACAGUAAUCUUUGGGAUUUGUGUUGGAAAGGUUAUCCAAAAUGAGUAGUAUUUAUGUUGAUUAAAUGGGAUCGUAACAUGCUUUAAACAAACGAUCUUAUUUAUUGCAAAAUGUGACCUGAACUAGAAGGAGAAUCGCAGUGUGUUCAAUAGGCUUUUAAUUAAUUGUUUAAUAGUUUUUUUAUCAGGCAGUAUUCAGUGCCAUUUAUCUUAAACCUUCCAGACUGCCUCGUUCUCUUCCAUGCCUUAUAUGUGGAAAUCUGCACCAUCUUUUGUCAGUUUAGGUGUCUCGUUUUGUCUUAGCCCAGAGGAAAGAGCCUACAGGAGAGGAAACUCAACGUGCCAUGAUGUCUGUGUGCCUUAAAGCUGCCUGCCUUGUCUGAUGAGGAGCCACUUUUAAGAACGGUGAAAUUCCUCAGGCUUUGUUCUUGUCUGCAAACCUCUUUAUAAAUGCUCGUCAUUGGGAAAAUAUCUUUGUUUUGUCCUGUGCUGUAUAUUCAUAGUGAUUAAAUUUUUGUAUUGGUAUUCAGAGUAACACAAAUAACUUUGAUGUCCUGUUAUUUUAAAGAAAUAAAGAUUUAAAUGGUAAAUAAUUAUUUUG